UUUGAAAUUAGUAUGUUCUUCAUUAUUCUGUUGAUAUCAGAUUAAUUUAUUGUAGUUUAAAAUGAAAACAGUUGAAGAGCAAGCAGAAAUAGACGCUCUUAUUAAAUUGAAAGGUGGACCAGAAGAUAAUCUGUCAUGGGAUCCUGAACCAACAUUACCCAUAAUACCAAUGGUUCGAUCGCAAUCAUGGGAUUUAAGUACACUUAUAUUUAAUACAUUUUUCUACACUAUUCUCACAAUUAUUAUAUUGGGAAAAGUCGUAAUUAUAUAUCGAAUAUUUUGUAAAUUUUGUAAGUAUCUAUUAAGAAGGUUGAUUUUAAUUGAUACAACCAGUUCAAUGGAACCGGAGGAUUGGAAUAAAAUACAUAUUCAUAAUUAUACGUCGAAUACAGUAGAAUAUAUUCAACAAUCACCUGAAUCAUAUAGGCUUUUCACUGAAGAUUAUAAAGAAUUAUUAAAGAUAUUAAAUUUUAUUGAUGAAUAUAGUCGUGACUAAUGAAUGUUGACAACAGACGAAGCAAUUUUUGGCAUAGAAACUUAAAAACAAAACUGUUCCAUGUUUCUCUUGGUACAUUUUACAGAGAAGUAUCCUCCAAGUUCUAGUGUUAAUUACUUUAAAUUUUGAUUAUUAUUCUCAAUACUAGUCAUAAUUUUUAAUUGAAAUUACUACUCAAUACCAUAAGAGAAGUUUUGUGUA